UGUAUGUAUGUGUAUAUGUGUGUGUGCACGUGUGCAGUUGAAUCUUUAGGGUUGGUCAGAUGCUCAACCUUUGUGAUUAUUUGCAGUGCUUGAUCCUGGAUAAGUUUGAAAGCUACGACGAUGAAAUUCAGCUCACCCAAAGAGCCCUGUCUCUGCUGGAAGAAAACAAGUUCUGGGCUGGGGUGGUAUUCCCUGACAUGUAUUCCUGGACCAGCUCCCUGCCACCUCACGUGAAGUAUAAGAUCCGGAUGGACAUAGAUGUAGUGGAGAAAACCAAUAAGAUCAAAGACAGGUACUGGGAUUCUGGCCCCCGCGCUGAUCCUAUAGAAGAUUUCCGAUACAUCUGGGGAGGGUUUGCCUAUCUACAGGACAUGGUUGAACAGGGCAUCACUAGGAGUCAGGCCCAGGUUGGAUCUCCCGUUGGAAUUUAUCUCCAGCAGAUGCCUUACCCCUGCUUCGUGGACGACUCUUUUAUGAUCAUCCUGAACCGUUGUUUCCCUAUCUUCAUGGUGUUGGCGUGGAUCUACUCUGUCUCCAUGACUGUAAAGAGCAUCGUUUUGGAGAAGGAAUUAAGACUAAAGGAGACUCUGAAAAAUCAAGGUGUCUCCAAUGCAGUGAUUUGGUGUACCUGGUUCCUGGACAGCUUCUCUAUCAUGUUAAUGAGCAUCUUACUCCUAACUCUAUUUAUCACGCAUGGACGAAUCCUACACUACAGUAAUCCAUUCAUCCUCUUCCUGUUCCUGACGGUUUUCUCCACUGCUACAAUCAUGCAGUGCUUCCUGCUCAGCACCUUCUUCUCCAAGGCCAGCCUGGCAGCAGCCUGCAGCGGUGUCAUCUACUUCACACUCUACCUGCCGCAUAUCCUGUGCUUUGCCUGGCAGGACCGGAUGACGGCUGAGCUGAAGCAGGCCGUGAGCCUGCUGUCGCCUGUGGCAUUUGGGUUUGGCACUGAGUACCUGGUUCGCUUUGAGGAGCAAGGCCUGGGGCUGCAGUGGACCAACAUCGGGAGCAGUCCCAUGGAAGGUGACGACUUCAGUUUCCUGAUGUCCAUGAAGAUGAUGCUCUUCGAUGCUGCUCUGUACGGCUUGCUUGCUUGGUACCUUGACCAGGUGUUUCCAGGGGACUAUGGAACCCCACUUCCUUGGUUCUUCUUUCUACAAGAGUCUUAUUGGCUUGGAGGUGAAGGGUGUUCAACCAGAGAAGAAAGGGCCCUGGAAAAGACUGAGCCUGUAACUGAGGAAAUGGAGGAUCCCGAACGCCCAGGAGGAAUGCAUGAAUCCUUCUUUGAACGUGAGCUUCCAGGAUUGGUUCCUGGAGUAUGUGUGAAGAAUCUGGUAAAGAGUUUUGAGCCGUAUGGUCGGCCAGCUGUGGACCGUCUUAACAUUACCUUCUAUGAGAACCAGAUCACCGCAUUCCUUGGUCACAAUGGAGCAGGGAAAACCACUACCUUGUCUAUCCUGACAGGGCUGUUGCCACCAACAUCGGGGACUGUGCUCAUUGGGGGAAAGGACAUUGAAACCAGCCUGGACGCGAUCCGGCAGAGCCUCGGCAUGUGUCCACAGUACAACAUCCUGUUCCACCACCUCACGGUGGCUGAACACAUCCUGUUCUAUGCCCAGCUGAAGGGGAAGUCCUGGGGUGAGGCCCAGCUGGAGAUGGAGACCAUGUUAGAGGACACAGGCCUCCACCACAAGAGGAACGAAGAGGCUCAGGAUCUAUCAGGUGGCAUGCAGAGGAAGUUGUCUGUUGCCAUCGCCUUUGUGGGAGACGCCAAGGUGGUUGUUCUGGAUGAGCCCACCUCCGGAGUGGACCCAUACUCAAGGCGCUCGAUCUGGGACCUCCUUCUGAAGUACCGCUCAGGCAGGACCAUCAUCAUGUCCACACACCACAUGGAUGAGGCUGACAUUCUGGGAGACCGCAUCGCCAUCAUUUCCCAGGGGAAGCUCUACUGCUCGGGCACCCCGCUGUUCCUGAAGAAUUGCUUUGGCACAGGCUUCUACCUAACUUUAGUGCGCAAGAUGAAAAACUUCCAGAGCCAAAGAGACGGCUGUGAGGAAACUUGCAGCUGUGCGUCGAAGGGCUUCUCCAGCAGGUGUCCAGCCUGUGUCGAUGAGAUAACUACAGAGCAAGUCUUGGACGGGGAUGUGAACGAGCUCACAGACGUGGUUCGUCACCACGUGCCAGAGGCAAAGCUGGUGGAAUGCAUUGGUCAAGAACUUAUCUUCCUUCUUCCAAAUAAGAAUUUCAAGCAGAGAUCGUAUGCCAGCCUUUUCAGAGAGCUGGAGGACACGCUGCCUGACCUGGGGCUCAGCAGUUUCGGGAUUUCUGACACUCCCCUGGAAGAGAUCUUUCUGAAGGUCACAGAGGAUUCCGAUUCUGGACCCCUAUUAGCUGAUGGUGGCACUCAGCAGAAAAAAGAAAACCUCAGCCUCCGACAGCCUUGCUUGAGUCCCAGUGAGGAGGCCAAACAGACUUCGCAGGACUCCAACGUCUGUUCUGCAGCAGCAGCUGCUCCCCCGGAGGGUCAGCCUCCCACAGGGCCAGAGGACCCCCGCACCCAGCUCAACACGGGAACACAACUCUUACUGCAGCACGUGCAGGCGCUGCUGGUCAAGCGGUUCCACCACACCCUCCGCAGUCGUAAGGACUUCCUGGCCCAGAUUGUGCUCCCGGCUUCCUUUGUGUUUUUGGCUCUCAUGCUUUCCAUCGUUGUCCCUCCUUUUGGUGAAUAUCCUGCCUUGACCCUUCACCCUUGGAUGUAUGGGCAGCAGUAUACCUUCUACAGCAUGGAUGACUCGAACAGUGAGCAUCUCGAACUGCUGGCGGAUGUCCUCCUGAACAAGCCAGGCUUUGGCAACCGCUGCCUGAAGGAAGAGUGGCUUCCGGAGUACCCCUGUGGCAAUUCCACCCCCUGGAAGACUCCUGCAGUGUCCCCGAACAUCACCCACCUGUUUCAGAAGCAGGAGUGGCUGCCAGAGCACCCCUCACCGGCCUGCAGGUGCAGUACCAGGGAGAAACUCACCAUGCUGCCCGAGUGCCCCGAAGGUGCUGGAGGGCUCCCACCCCCUCAGAGAACACAGCGCAGCACUGAAAUUCUUCAAGACCUCACAAACAGGAACAUCUCUGACUUCUUGGUAAAAACGUAUCCUGCUCUUAUAAGAAGCAGCUUAAAGAGCAAAUUCUGGGUCAAUGAACAGAGGUAUGGAGGAAUCUCCAUUGGAGGAAAGCUACCAGUCCCCCCUUUCACUGCGGACACACUCGUGGGUUUUUUAAGUGCUCUUGGCCAGAUGAUGAACGUGAGCGGGGGUCCUAUCACCAGAGAAGCUUCUAAAGAAAUGUCUGAUUUCCUUAAAUAUCUAGAAACUGAAGACAAUCUUAAGGUGUGGUUUAACAACAAAGGUUGGCACGCUAUGGUCAGCUUUCUCAACGUGGCCCACAAUGCCAUCUUAAGGGCCAACCUGCAUGAGACAAGGGACCCUGAGGAGUACGGAAUCACCGUCAUCAGCCAGCCUUUGAACCUGACCAAGGAGCAGCUCUCGGAGAUCACAGUGUUGACCACUUCAGUGGAUGCCGUGGUUGCCGUUUGUGUGAUUUUCGCCAUGUCUUUCGUCCCAGCCAGCUUCGUCCUUUAUUUGAUACAUGAGAGAGUGAACAAAGCCAAGCACCUGCAGUUUGUCAGCGGAGUGGGCCCCAUCACCUACUGGCUGACCAGCUUCCUCUGGGACAUUGCAAAUUACUCCGUGAGUGCUGGGCUGGUGGUGGGCAUCUUCAUGGGGUUUCAAAAGAAAGCCUACACUUCUCCCAACAAUCUUCCUGCCCUUGUUGCACUACUCAUGCUGUACGGAUGGGCAGUCAUUCCCAUGAUGUACCCAGCAUCCUUCCUGUUUGAUGUCCCCAGCACAGCCUAUGUGGCUUUGUCUUGUGCUAAUCUGUUCAUCGGCAUCAACAGCAGUGCCAUCACGUUUGUCUUGGAAUUAUUUGAGAAUAACCAGAUGCUGAUCAGGCUCAAUGCUGUGCUGAGGAAGCUGCUCAUCGUCUUCCCCCACUUCUGCCUGGGCCGGGGCCUCAUUGACCUGGCGCUAAGCCAGGCUGUGACCGACGUCUAUGCCCGCUUUGGUGAGGAGCAUGCUUCAAAUCCAUUCCAGUGGGACCUGAUUGGGAAGAACCUGGUUGCCAUGGCAGCAGAAGGGGUGGUGUACUUCCUCCUGACCCUCCUCAUCCAGCACCGCUGCACCCUCUCCCGGUGGAAUGCUGAACCCCCUAAGGAGCCCAUUGUUGAAGAAGAUGAUGAUGUGGCUCAAGAAAGACAAAGAAUUAUUAGUGGAGGAAGUAGCAAUGAUAUCUUAAGGCUAAAUGAAUUAACCAAGAUUUAUUCAGGCACCUCCAGCCCAGCAGUGGACAGGCUGUGCGUCGGAGUCCGCCCCGGAGAGUGCUUUGGCCUCCUGGGAGUGAAUGGUGCUGGCAAAACAACCACAUUCAAGAUGCUCACUGGGGACACCACGGUGACAUCAGGUGAUGCCAUUGUAGCGGGCAAGAGCAUUUUAACCAACAUUUCUGAAGUACAUCAAAGUAUGGGUUACUGUCCUCAGUUUGACGCGAUCGAUGACCUGCUCACAGGGCGAGAACAUCUUUACCUUUAUGCCCGGCUUCGAGGUGUGCCAGCAGAGGAAAUCGAGAGGGUUGCAAACCAGAGCAUUCAGAGCCUGGGCCUGUCUCAAUAUGCAGACCGCCUGGCCGGCACGUACAGCGGGGGAAACAAACGAAAACUCUCCACGGCCAUUGCCCUCCUUGGCGGUCCACCACUGGUGCUACUGGAUGAGCCCACGACAGGGAUGGACCCCCAGGCACGCCGCAUGCUGUGGAACACCAUCGUAGGCAUCAUCCGCCAAGGCAGAGCCGUGGUCCUCACGUCUCACAGCAUGGAAGAGUGUGAGGCGCUGUGCACCCGUCUUGCCAUCAUGGUGAAGGGCACCUUUCGGUGUCUGGGCACCAUUCAGCACCUCAAGUACAAUGUCUCACCAAUUACUCCGACGGAUCCAGGACCUGUGACCUAUUUAAGAAGACUCCACAGCCAAUGUGUGACUGACGGGGAGAACAGCAGCUUCAGAACCAGUGUUCCUUUCUAGCUUACCGCAUGCUGUUGAGUUUGAGAAAUGACCGUACGUCGUAUGGCAAACCAACCAUGCCAGUACUCUUCUGAGGAAUUAUCCUGUGCUCAUAAAUUAUGAACGGUUGAAUGUCCCCCUUUAUUAGCAGCAGUUUGUGUGGCAAAUACGAAUAUCAUACUAUUACCAUGCUCAGCUACAUGCCAGUAUGCUCAGGAAAGAGCGGGUUUGUAGUUAGUGCUCAUCUAUCUAACAAACAUGUAAUGGAGCCCAGAGUAUAAAAGGCACCGAGCUAGCUGGAGAGAGGACAGAGCGUAACCCACCUUAUCCUGAGGUACCCGUGGGAGUGGGUGGGUGUGUGGCCCAGGAGACGUCAUCCUUCCUGUGACGCAGGCAGAUACAUGACUGAGAGGAAGAGUAGUGGGCUCGCAGCAUUUGGCAGAUGGGUUUCUGACCUGGGAUUUCUUACCCAGCCACAGCUUAGACAUUGCGCAGAUGGCAACAGGGACAUCACGUGAGGUCACCAGACCUAUGUCAGCAACUUCCUGUGUCCAACUGCUGGAGAAAUGGGUGUUUUCAUACUCCUCUGGGAGGGCUAUGGAAAGCUGAUUUUUCUGAAGCUGAAAGGUGAAAGGCUUCUCACUGCAGAGGGAAAGCUCUGGAUCAUGGAGGGAGCUUCUGUCCAACACGGUACUCCUGCUGUAGCUAUGUGCAGACAGCCCCGACCAUGUACUCACUGUCUGGUGGACCAUCCUUCAUCCAUAUCAGGUGACCAGCAAGCCUGGGGAGAAGAGGGAAGCACUGAUGGCCCCAGUGACUUCAUUUGUUUCUGGAAGCUUCCUCAGGGAGGUGCUUGCCUUCCCAGACUUUUGCUCCCACCUGGCCAGACUCGGGAAGGGCCAGUCCGCCUUUGCCACCACGAAGGCUAAAGCCAGCUUUGACUUCCGCAAGUACAUCAGUCCCCCUUUAUCACACAGAUACUUAGACCGCUAAAAACUAGUAGUGAAUGAUUUC